UCGGCUGAAGGUUGUCCCAGGCGGGGCCGAUGAGAAACCAGCUCGGGGGGGGUGGCGAAGCGAAAAAGGCGGAGUCUGACCGGCAGAGACCUCAUCUCCGGAGGGAUGCCAGAACCAGUCAGAAGGGCGCAGGCCGGGCUCCGCUGUUUAGCGCCCGGUGUGGGGGGUGUAGCUCUUUCUCCGCCGGCCGUCCUUUGUGCCCGUAGCCGCUAUGCGGGAUUACGACGACAUCAUCGCCUUCCUGGGCGAGUGGGGCCCCUACCAGCGGCUCAUCUUCUUCUUGCUCAGCGCCAGCAUCAUCCCCAAUGGCUUCAACGGCAUGUCCGCCGUUUUCCUGGCCGGCACCCCCGAGCACCGGUGCCGGGUGCCCGCCAGCGCCAACCUGAGCGCGGAAUGGUUGAACGCCAGCAUCCCGCUGGAGGAGCGCGACGGGCAGCAGGUGCGGAGCCAGUGCAGCCGCUACAGCCUCGACGCUCUCAUCAAUUUCUCUGCCUGGAACCUGGUGCCCGGGCGCGAUGUCAACCUCAGCCAGGUGAAGCAGGAGAAAUGCCUGGAUGGCUGGGAGUAUAGCCAGGAGGUUUAUCUUUCCACCAUCGUCACGGAGUGGAAUCUCGUAUGUGACAAUGACUGGAAACCUCCUCUAACUACAUCUUUGUUCUUUGUGGGUGUGCUGCUUGGAUCCUUUAUAUCUGGACAACUCUCAGACAAGUUUGGCAGAAAAGCUAUUCUAUUUGCAACCAUGGGUGUGCAGACAGGUUUCAGCUUCCUCCAGAUCUUCUCAAUCAGCUGGGAAAUGUUCACAGUGCUUUUUCUUAUAGUUGGCAUGGGGCAGAUCUCAAAUUACGUUGUGGCCUUCAUAUUAGGCACAGAAAUUCUUGGCAAAUCAGUUCGUGUUAUAUUCUCUACAUUAGGAGUUUGCAUAUUUUUUGCAAUUGGCUACAUGUUGCUGCCACUAUUUGCUUACUUCAUCAGAGAAUGGCGGAUGCUGCUACUGGCUCUUACUGUCCCUGGGGUGUGCUGCAUUCCACUGUGGUGGUUUAUUCCUGAAUCUCCUCAGUGGCUGAUCUCUCAAGGAAGAUUCAAAGAAGCUGAAGUGAUUAUUCGGAAGGCGGCAAAAACAAACAGGAUUCCAGCUCCAACACUAAUUUUAGAUCCAGUAGACGUAGAAGAUUUGAAAGCCAAGCAACAUCAGGGUGUGUUUUUGGACUUGUUCAGAUCACGAAACAUUGCAAUUAUGACUUUUAUGUCUCUUCUUUUAUGGAUGUUUACAUCUAUUGGCUACUUUGGCUUGUCACUCAGCACCCCCAAUCUGCAUGGAGAUGCCUAUUUCAAUUGUUUUCUGUCAGCAGUCAUUGAGGUCCCAGCCUAUGUGAUUGCUUGGCUCCUCUUGCGGGUCUUACCUCGGCGCUAUACAAUAGCUGGCACCCUCUUCUUGGGAGGAGGAGUUAUUUUGUUCAUACAGUUAGUACCUCCAGAUCUCCACGUUCUGUCUCUCAUCUUAGUGAUGCUGGGGAAAUUUGGGAUCACGUCAGCCUUCUCCAUGCUUUAUGUGUACACUGCAGAACUCUACCCAACAAUAGUAAGAAACAUGGCAGUGGGUUCUUCUUCCAUGUCAUCCCGAGUGGGCAGCAUUAUUGCACCAUACUUCGUUUUCCUGGGUGCUUAUGGUAAAUUUCUGCCUUACAUCUUCAUGGGCAGCCUAACAUUAUUGGUAGGAAUUCUCACCCUCUUCUUACCAGAAAGUUAUGGGAAACCCCUGCCAGAGACAUUUGAUGAGAUGCAACAAAUUAAAGGGUUAAGCAAAAGAAAACAUGACUACAAGGUAGAUAAUUCAGAGCAAAAUGAACUGCCCAUUAAGGAUAUGACAUCAUUUUGAUCAUAUCAGUUGAAUGGAGGAAUGUGUGGUUUAUCUAAAGAUAUAUGAAAGUCAAUAACACUAUUAGACUUUUCCUAAUGAUCCUGCGGUUCUCAAAACACUGAUGUACCAAAUAUGUGGAAUUGUGUUAAAUUGCUGUGUUGGCACAAGUUACUUUUAUCAGUAACUAUUUCUAUCCUUUGGUUUGGGAUUUGCAUUUUUGUGAGGUCUUGAAUAUUUUCAUCUCUUCUUGAGGUGCCGGUAUUAUUUUAUUGUUAUAUGUGUAUUUAUACUUUAUAUAACAUUUAGUUAUGUGUUUCUUGAACUCAGAACAUUUUUAAGUAUUUUAAAGUGUGGAUUAAGAUCUAUAAUAUUACUCUUUAGAAAAUAAAUGACAGAAUUUUUUGUGGAUAGGGUUGUAUUUUCUAAGGCUCACUUGAAAAAUCUUUAAAGGAAAAAAUUGACUAUAAUAAAACGUAACUUUAAACUUUAAAAAGAUACUUUUAAAAGUGAAGCACGUGUUUUGAAAUUAAUUUACAUAUUAGAAAUAAAUUAUAACUAUAUUUUCCUCUGUCAACCAGAAAAUAGCUCUGAAAAUCCAAAAUUUAAAAUUAACUAUCAUUGGCUCCUAUCUUUUAGGAAAUUUAUCUGUCAAAGAAAGAGCAAUGCACACAAUAUGUAGGCAGGGUUUCUCCACACUUUGCAUUCCAGUUAUUUAUAUCAUUCAUUCAUUCACUAGGCCCAGAUACAGCUCUUUGUUUAUCUUCUUCAGUGAGAAAUAUAAAUUAGGUGUUAAGUUGGAUGUAAGUCAGCCUGCCAGAAGAAAUUAUUUUAUGAAACUGGAUUUUAAAAACAUUUUAGGUGAUAAAGUAAAUAUUAAAGAUGAUGGCUUGCAUGAGCUUGUCAGCAAAUCCAAUGCUGAAAGUCAUAUGAUAAGAUAGUGAUUAAAAUCAAGUAUUCAGACAGUUGGGUCUUUAUGUGUAGAUUGCAAUUUGUUGCCCAUUUAACACUGAAAUUCUUUAUCUUUUGUCAACCAAAUCUUUCUUGUUUCUGGUUUGUAAAGCUUAAAAUAGCAUUCUAUGAAAAUGUAAACUUCUGUAAUUCAGAUUUUGCCUGCGUCAUGGGAGCAAACUGGCUUUCCUGCUUUUACUGCCAAAGUACCAUUCCUAGUAAUAUAUUAAUCAGAUUUAAUUCAUUAAAAAGUAUGUAACCCACUAAUGUCAGAAUCUUAACUGUAGCAAAACUGCACAAUAUGCUGUUUUUAUACCAUUAAUCUGAAUACAGCAUGCUUUGUUAUAAUACUACUAGUCCAGAAUAAUUUGUUUUAUGACCUUAGGCCAAUUUUCUCCAAUGUGAUGAUCCCAAGAUAAUGCUAUUGAUGAGAAUGACGGAGUUUAUAUUGUAAUACAUCGGAUGGACAAGACUAUCUUGGACAUUAUCUGUAAUAGUUCUGUGAAGGCUGCUUUAAAUUUUACUUAACAAAUUUUAAAUAUGGCAAAGAAAUUCUUUAUAAAAGCAGCUUUUUCUAACCACUCCUUUGAAACUAAAAACUAAUAACUUCACAUUCUGUAUGGAUCAUCUAUAUCUACCUUGAAAAAGAAUGGCAAAAGAACAAAGCAGCAUUUAAAUCAACCCCUGACUUUCAAGUGACAAAUUUAGGACUAGUACCUUCUGUUCCUUGUAGGAGAACCCUUCGCCUUAUGAAUCUGUGCAGUGAUGUUAACAUAUUAAUGUAUGCUAUGUUCAUUUCUUUUUCAAUUCUUUUAUGGUUCUGGUACAUAGUCUUUAACAUGACUCUUCUAACAUUCAAGUUACUUAUUUGUAAGAUUGUCAGGUUCUGAAUCACAAGCUAUAACUCUGGAUCUACAGUGUUUUCUCAGGUUUUUACCUGCGGCAAACAGGCAGGAUUCCUAAACAUCAUUUAGAAAAAAGAAGUUCAUGCUAAUAACUUUCUCAACAAAAAUCUGUCAGAUAAAAUUGUUUAAUAAUGUAUUGUAAUCUGGCAAUAUGUAUAAACAUAUUAUGUAUAAAUAUUUUAAACAAAAUAAUGGAUUUCUAUACAGUUUUACCUUGUUGUAAUUGUAACUGUUUCUAAAACAAUAUUUGUGGUACUUUUUUGGAGAAUCUAGUUUUGCUAGUUUUUUCAUUGUUUAAAGAGUCUCUUGAUUUUUAGUUCAACACUGUCCAGUUUGAAAAGCUGCACUUUCUAGAAGAUUGUGAGUUUGUUUUUAAUUUUUGGAGGGAUCACUUCUCUAAAGAUUAUUACAGUAUUAUCUGACCUAGGGCAAGUUGUAAAGACAUUUUAACCUCCCGAUUAACCUCCUGAUUUAACCUCCUUAAUUUCUUAUAAUAUAGCUGCUUUCAUCUAAUGUGGUCCAAUUUAGUAGUUGAAGAAAGCCUGCUGAAGAAAGCAACAAUUGUAUUUCCUUUUGCCUUUCACUGCUAGGUAGUUGAAGAUUUAUAACUUCCAGGCAUGGAUUUUUGACAUUAAGUUCCGCAGUAUUGAUCCUAUAAUUUCUGCAUCAAAAUAUUUUUCAGUAAAAUGUACAUUCUUUGACAAUAUAGACUUUUCUCAGGGAUUUUUCAGAUGAUUUCAAUCUUCCCAAAACAGGAAAUGGAAGGAGGACCAUUUGGAAUGGAAGAAGGCGAGUCAUUGUCACAUUUUAAUCCUUCC